CCCAGACCCUUCCACGGUCACAGGAGGGGCCCAGUGUGCGUCACAGAAGAGACAGAAAAGCAGAGAUCCCUGCAAGGGAGGCAGAGAGAGGGUUGAAGCAGGAGGAGGAGACUGAAAACUUCAUGUUUCUUUUUUCCAUUUCAGUGACAAGAGUCACACCCGGCCUUUACAUAAACAUGGCCAAGGAGCCGCUCCGUCCAAGUUGAGUUUCCUCGCAGCCGCCAGGCCUCUCCACCCGGUGACCCUGACGCGCUGGGCGGGCCGGUGAGGGGCUAGCACACAGACCCUGCACAGACUAGCUGGGCUGUCCGACAACACCCAGGCCUCCCGCCUGCUGCCCUUGCUCUGCCCCAUAUUUAUCUCCCCGCCUUCUUCAUAACAUAUCCCCACAGCAGCCCCACACAGCCACUCUAACACGCAGAGGCAGGCACGCACACACAGCUCGCGGCUGAUCUCCAGAGUCCGAGGCCCACAAGGCCCUUGUCACGCCAUCGCCCUCCCCACAAGUGUUUUCUGACCAGCUCGCUUCCCAGCCCAACAGCACAGAUGGGCUCCCACAAAACGACGUCACAAAAGAAUCCCGUAGGGAAUGUCGCAAACAUACAACCUUCCCCUCGCUCGGCUGCCCCCGAUCCCAUAAACACAACCUGCAUGUUCUACCCAGGGCACCUCACACUGGUGCCAGCCGCCCUAUGGGUACCUGAGACACACCCUGGGGCUUCUCACUUGCUGCAGGACCCGCGGGACCUGAGUUCUAGACAUGCACCCCCCGCGCCCUCCCUCCCCCGUGCCACCUGAUCGUCACAUGGAUCCAAGAACCCAUCCAGCGGGCCAUCCUCUCCGAGACUGGACCACACCUCAGCAGGGCCGCAUGAACGGGACCGGACCCGACACCUUCCCACUCAGACUCAAUGGCUGGCUGUCACCCCUACUUCAACCUGCCCGACUUCACCCAGCCAUCACCGCCCUCCACUCCGUCCAGCCUCCCCUCGCACCAGCGCUGCCGGCCCUCUGAUGUCACCAAGGGCCUGCUCGUGGCCCUGCUGGGUGGGGGCCUGCCCGCUGGCUUCGUGGGCCCCUUCUCCCGUAUGGCUUACCAGGCUUCCCACUUACCCUCGCUGGAGCUGCUCAUCUGUCGAUGCCUCUUCCACCUCCCUAUUGCCCUGCUGCUUAAACUGCGUGGUGACCCCCUCUUGGGACCUCCCAAUGUCCGGGGCCGGGCCUGCCUCCACGCCCUGUUCAACGUCCUCAGCAUCGGAUGCGCCUACAGUGCGGUUCAGGUGGUGCCCGCUGGCAACGCUGCCACCGUCCGCAAAGGUUCUUCCACCGUCUGCUCUGCUCUCCUCGCCCUCUGCCUCGAGAGCCAGCGUCUCAGUGGCUAUGACUGGUGUGGCUUGUUGGGCAGCACCCUGGGACUCAUCAUCAUUGUGGGACCUGGACUAGGGACACUGCAGGAGGGGACCACAGGCCUCUACACUGCCCUGGGCUAUGUGCUUGCUUUCCUGGGUGGCCUGGCACUGUCGCUGGGCCUCCUGGUGUACCGCUCCCUGGACUUCCCCUCCUGUCUACUGACAGUGGCCUUCCUGUUUGGCUUGGUGGGGCUGGUGGGCUCCGUGCCAGGCCUCUUUCUGCUGCAGACCCCCGUGUUGCCUAACGAUCCUCUGAGUUGGAGCUGUGUGGGGGCAGUGGGAAUCCUCGCCCUGUUCUCCUUUGUGUGUGUGAGUUAUGCGGUCACCAAGGCCCACCCUGCCCUGGUGUGCGCCGUCCUGCACUCUGAGGUGGUGGUGGCUCUGAUGCUGCAGUAUUAUGUGCUCUCUGAGACCGUGGCACCUUCUGACAUCAUGGGGGCAGGGGUCGUGUUGGGCAGCAUUGCCAUCAUCACCGCCCAGAACCUCAGCUAUGAGAGGGAAGGGCAGGUGGAGUGAGGUCGAACUUGAGAGCCUGGGGGUGGGGGUGGGGGGACUGGGUAAAUAGAAGAAAAAACUGGAAUACAAACAUGGGAGAACAAGUGACUGGAAAAGAACUGGUGUGGGAGAGUGACACCCCUUGGAGUCAAGGGUGAAUUGGGGACUCGGUGGAGAGGGAUUGCCUAGAAGACUGCCUGGAAGACCUGGAACAAGCCUGGAGAGCAGCAUAUUUGGAGUUUAGGCUGGGGCUUGAAGGGAGGUCUGAGGAGCAGAUCAAAGAGGCUGAGGCAGGAGAGCCAAGAGCCACCGGGAGGAUUUUUCCCUCAGCGGCAGAGAGAAAAGCCUUGGGGCUGCAGUGUCUGGGGCUUUCAGGCAAACAGAGCAAGCAGCUGCGGUGGGGGAAGGGAGUGUGUUUUUUUUUCCCUGAGCGAUGGUUUCCCUUCCUCGUGGUUAUGCCUCCCCACCUUGGGGUGGUGACGUGAUAUUGACAUCAAACAAGGAUCACUCUGAAUGUGGCUGUGCAGUUGGUGUCAUCUCUGCUUUGGAAGGACAGUGGAAGUCCUACCCCCCGCUCUUAUUGGAGAAUCCCUUGGGAUCCCCGCACCCCCCCGCCCCAUUUUUGAAAUAUUCUAUAAGGGGUAGGAUUUCCUAAUGUUCAGAUGCAUUGACCCUGAGUCCCCCAGGACUUUUGUGUCCCACCCAAUGGCUAAUCUGCUCUUCCUGGAUUGUCGCGGUCCCGUGAUCUCUCCCGGACAGUGGCCAGCGUCCUUCGGAGAAGGCCUCUGAGCUGAGACCUCUUCGAGCGGCUCAGAUCGAGGAUCCUGAACGAGAGCUCCGUACAGCGCCCCAUUAGAGGCUAGGAGAUGCCCACCCGUCCCAGGACGGGUGGCCGCUCGACAGAUAUCAGCUACUUCCGGACGAGCAAUUGGCCUCGCCAUGUUGAUCUGUUCUUGCAUAUUCAGCACGAUUACUGCAUAUUCAUGACCAAGGACGGCUCCAGUACUCCCCCUCUUCGGGAACCCACUUGGGAGGAUCCGACCGGCCCCGCCUCCUUCAUUACCGAAUCUCAGAACAGACCAUUUUCCAGCGUGGGGGGGUGAUACUAAUGAGAAACUUUGGCUGAAGAUGAAACCACACGCCAAACUAUAAUAAAAGCGGCCUAUA